GUCACAUUGUUUCAUUUGGUUAUUUUAGUGGAUGUAUAAGUAUUCUGUCUUUCUAUUGCUGAAAUAUCACCCUUAGAGAGUUUAAACUCAGUCACAUUCACAACUAGGCUAGUGCAUUAUCUGGUAUUUUAUACUCUUAUGGACUCUUCUACUUAUUCUGGUUAUAGAUGUUUUUGUAGUUAAGGCUGCAGGAUGUUAAAGAGCUAGUGGAUUAGUGAAGUGUAGAAUGGUGCUUCCCUUAAAAACAUUUUGUGGUGUUGAAAAAAAGAGCGGAGCUGAAAGUUUUGAUGGAUAGCCUGUGUACAAUGCUUAUGAUUCCUUUCCAUUAUCUUAUAUUUUUAAUUUUUUUAUCAUUUAAAUAUGUUAGCAGAAGACUUGAGUACAUAAACGAGGCUAGUUCCUUUUAAUUGGAAACCUAUUAUCAUAGAAAUACCCCAAUUUCAUUAUUCUCCUAGUUGGGUCUAGAAACACUUGGUUGUCUUACCAUAAUAAUGUUAGGUUUUGAUUGACAAUUGCAUAUAAUUAAAGGGUUGGAACUCAAUUAGUCAGUUCGGAGCAUCAUUUUAGUCCUUGAUGUUUGAUAUGAAUUUAUAGAUGAUGUUCCUUUGUUUUGUGGUGAUUAGGAAAGUGUAAGUCUGUGUGUGUGUGUGGGGUGGGGGGAGUCUUUUAUAAAAAUAAUUUGAGCUUCUUUUGCUGAUUGCUCCUUCAAGUUUGGGAGUUAGUUUGAUUUCUCUUGCCCUUCUUUUGCAUAUGGGAGAUAACUCUUUAAUAUUUUUGAUGUGCAUAUUGACAAUUGAUUUUAAAGAAUAACAGGCUCAAUUCAACUACAGAGCCACCUGUUAUGCUUAACUAUUCAAGGCUGCCUCGAAGUUGGUUGAAAGUCAUCUGAAACCGAAGGCACUUAACAUAUUAUUUUAAUAUGUUUAUUUUUCGUUGAUAGGAGGAAACUCGUGAUUCAAAGUGGAAUCAGACUGACGAAUUUGUUCUAGAGGGCUCUGUGAGUUCAAAGGCAAGAGGUGAUCAGGUUAACAAGCUUGUGGAGAUUCGUGGUCUGGGAAUUCAUUGUACCCCCCUUGAAGGGUUUCUAAGUUCCAUGGAUACUGCUAGUCUCGGAGAAAAUGAAUUGUGGCAAGGUGCAGUAGCUGAUAUGGAUAAAUAUGACUAUGUAGUGAUUCCCUUUGAUCUAUCUCUUCAGGUGACUAAGUCUGGUAAGCUUGAGCUUGAUGCUCCACAAUAUUCUGUUACAGCGGAGCUGCCAAAAUUGGUCAUGAGCAUAAACCCUGCUCAGCUAUGGCACAUCUUGAAAUUUGCAGACAAUAUCUCCACUUGUCAGCUGAGGGAAAAGUAUGGGCGCUAUCGUCCAUGGAAUUCCCCGUUAGCAAAGAAAUUGAAGGGAUGGCAGUAUGUUUGGUGGCACUAUGCUCAAGAAUCAGUUCUUUCUGAUGUUCAUAAGAAACUGAAAAAAACAUCAUGGAGAUAUCUUGGGCAAAGAUUAGAUCAUCGUCGGAAAUAUGUGAACUUGUACAAGGUCAAAUUGAAUUUUCUUCUGAGGGAACAGCCAGUUGACCCAGAUUUACUCUACAAAUUGGAACAAAUGGAAAAGGAUUCUGAUAUAGAGGAUAUUUUGAGGUUUCGAUCUAUUGCUGAACAGGAGUUGGAGGAUACUCAAUGCUCAGUAUCCUCCGAGGCAAUAGAAGGUAUCAACUCUGCAGAAAAGUUGCCAAAUCCCGAAACUUCUGCUGGUAGAGCUCGUGGAUGGUUGAACUGGUUAUCCCGUGGUGUGCUGGGUGCAGGGGGAACGGCUGAUUCUAGUCAGUUCUCUGGAGUAGUCUCAGAUGAGGUCAUAAAGGACAUUUGUGAAGCUACUAAGUUCCAGCCUAUGCCUUCUGCAAACUCUGCAUCCAGUGGUGUGCUACACCUGUUUGCACUCAACUUCCACAUUAAUAAGAUAUCAUUACUGAUGAAGAGCAUGAAUUUGGGUAAUGAGAUAGCAAAUUUGACAUGCAGUUCUACUCAAAUAGAGUUUAAUAUCUGGGAAGACUCCACUGACAUCAUUGCGAAUGUUGGGUCUGCUGAGGUCAUUAAUUCGUCAAAGCAAACGGCAAUUUUGCGAAUGAAAGAGGAAAAGUCUGAAGCGAAUGUUUUGACUAAUGAAGAAUAUCCUGCAAGCAUUAGAUUUGAAAUUUCGCUGAAGAAUCAGAUGGAAGAUUUGAUUCUGACGGUUGCCAUUCAGCCAAUUGAAGUUUAUUAUGAUUUGGAGUUUCUUCUUUGUUUUUUGGAGUUUUACAGCAUUUUGGAAUCCCACAAAUCCUUGCAGCAGAGGGUUCUCUUGUCAUUGAAUGGGAUAAGAAAUGUCAAAUGUCGAAUUCAAUCUAAAACUGAAUGUAUUAUGUCUCGCCGGCAGAGAGUCAUUUUGGAAGUUAAUAUUGUCAAGCUCUCCAUAUGUGUUCCUUGGGAAAAUGAGCUUUUAAAAGAAUGCUGCUUGAGAUUGCAAGUUAUUGGUCUACAAGUAUCUUCCAACUUAAAUAUUUCUCCUGUUGUAUCUAGAAGAAAGGUUCAGUGCCAGUUCAUGAGGAAUUGGCUUAAACUGGAAGAUGGUAGUGAUAUUCUGAACUCAGUGCAGCUUGAUGACAUAUAUGACCAUUAUGCAGGGAGCAUGGAUAAUUUUCAGGUGACGUUGAUCAUGCCCGGUUUGCCUCGAGAUUUGAAGGUUGUUGAGAAAUUUUCUGCUUCUAUCACAAUUUCUCAUUGCAUCAUCCCUGAUGAGAUGAUACUGAAGCAAUUAGAGGCUCAUUUUAUUGUGUCAUUACUUCAUGUACACUUCUCUGCCAGUAUCUAUGCUGCAUUUUUGAGCGUAGUUGAAUGUCUUCAGCUUUCAUCUUCCAACUCUAGACAAGUCCAGAAGCCAAAUUCUCUUUCAUCGAGUAUGACAUCAAGCUAUCCAACCAUGCCAUUUUGCUUUUCAAUAUCUGCAAAUUUCGAACUGUUCAAAUUUGAAAUUUCUCUUGACGAUGAUCGAGACAAUAUCUCAGUGUUGCUGCUCAGUCUACAACAAUUAAAACUUAUGUUUGCUAACUGUCAAGUUCAAGAUUGCUGGAUCUGUACAAAGGAAGUAAAGAUCACCAGUUAUCAAGUGCAGGAUGAGUCUAAAAGCAACAUUAUAUGCUCAUCCAGGAUGCCUGAUGUUGAAGAUGUUUUAUUUUCACAAGCAGCAAGAAGUGAGGAUGGUGUUGAUUUUGAUUGGAAUGAAUCAUUGGAUAGGUGCUUUCUUUUGCAUCAUGUAGUUCACAAAAAUGGCCACACAAAUCUAUACUUGAGGGAUAUCGAAUUUCACUGCUAUCCCUAUAUAGUACAGAAGCUAGUUGGGUUUUGUGAUAAAUUAAUGGUAUGCAGUAGUUCUGGUUCUAAUGACAUUUCUUUGCACCAAACAGAACUGAAAUCCACAGAUAUUCCCACGUUUAGUUUCCAGAGGUUUGGUAUCUCAAACUUUUGUGAGAGUGGAUUUGCUGAAUGGGAAAGUAUUCCACUGCAUCAAUACCCCUUUGUUGGAAUACAUAAUUCUGGGCGUCUUCGAAGUCUAGAUAGUUCCAUCACCAUACCCAAGUGGAGAAAUUUUGAAGUGAAAGAUAAGAAUAUUGCAAAUAGUGACAUUAGAAAGAAUUUAAAUACACCAUCAGUAACUGGUUUGGAGGCAGCUGAAAACUGUAUGAAUUCCAAUAUUUUGGAUAUGCUGUUGGAGGUAGCAAAUGUUAGCAUACAUUUUCAUGAUUUGUCUUGUGUUCUUGGAAGUAUUACUAUUCCUGUCGGUAAAGCGUCAAUUGUAUAUUACUCAGAUCAGUUUGAUAUGCUGUUUUCUGUAGAAGGGCUGACUCUCUUGUCCAAUUGGUGGAAAUGUGACUUCCAGGAGUUUCUGUGGGAGCCUUCACUGCCUAAUCGUUUUUCUGUGCUGAACAUACGAAUUAGGAAAGGAAAUGCUGACCAGGAAAAUUCUGAUUUGGAGAUAAGCUUUAGUAUUCAAAAUGUCUGUUGUGUCUUAUCUCCCAAAUAUUUAGCGAUAUUGAUUGCUUAUUUCACUUUGCCUGAUUGGAGGUCAGAUGAUAGUAAGUAUCAGUUUCCAGAAAAGACUGAGCAUGUUUCAGAAAAUCGUGGAUCCAUUGUCUACAAAUUUGAGGUAUUAGACUCCAUCAUAAUUUCACCUGUUGAGAGCAAGGAGGAGCAACUUCUGAAGCUUGAUCUAGAACAGUUUUACUGCAGUUUUAUUGACGAUGAUGCCUUGAAAGAUGAAUCUAUUGUCACUUUCUUGAAGUUUUCAAUUGCAGAGGAUAAAGUCGCUGAAAGAGCUCAUUUGAAUAUAUUUGGACGUGAUUUGCGUCUCUCUUUAUUGACUAUAAAGGACUUUAAUUCUGAUACUCCACAUGAAAAAACAGGACAUGGAAGUUGUACUUUGGUUCAAUCAUGUAGUGCUGAUAUCUGGCUUAGGCUUUCAGGUGAAAGUCAAGCGUCUGCGACAGGCUCUCCAACUCCUGUAUGUAUUCUGGCGAAAAUUUUACACUGUGAAGUUGCUGUUGAAGAUAGCAACUUCGUUUCUGGAUUUGUAGCAUUAGCGGAGGUAAUUGAUCAGUAUGCAGUGGUUGAUGAGCAAUCCAGAUAUUUCACUUGCGACAUUCCUGGAUUCCUUCAGUCAAUACAGACUGUCAAGGAUAACAGUUCUGGAACCCCGGAGGAUUCAAGCAUAGUGGAGACUGAGAUUAGGUGCUGCAUCAGUUCACUGUGUGUCAAUUUUGUAAGGAAGAAAGGAAACUUAGAUUCUCGAGAUGUGGUUGGGAGACUUGAGCUGGGAUUUAAACUAUCAAUAACUAUGAGAAAUGCCACCAUUAUGCAUUCGAGAGCCCAAUUCUCCACACUAUUGCUAACUGGAUCAUUGAAUUCUAUUCAUUUAGCAAAACUUUUAUCAGACAGUACUCAUGCACCAGUCCUUGAUAUUUCUCUUUCAGCCACUCGGAAAAAUAAGAUUGAGCUUCUCAUUGACAUUCCUUCUUUGGAGGUAUGGUAUCAUCAGUCUGAUUGGGUCAUGAUAUUUGAUCAUGUAUACUCUUGCAUUCCACAGUCCCCCCGAAGUGCUGUUUUGGGUACAUCUACUGGGAUGGAGGAUCUUUCCGCUCGGAUGCCCAUGCAGUCCCAAUCUAUAUCAACUUCUGAGUGUGAUAAGUUUGCACACAGUACUAUUUCUUUACUUGUGAAGUCUGAAAACAUUGAUGUAUUAUGCCAUAUCCCUUUUUGGAUUAGUGAAGAUGAAUUUGUUCAGUCAAAGGACUUUGAGUCUCAUGGAUUGGAUGAAGAAUCUGUUAAGGGAAUAAGUGGAGGAAAGAACAGCAAAUUCUUAACAGUUACUUUGCAAAGCAGGAGCAGCGAACUGCAUGUUCGAGGCUCUAAUUUAUUAUUUAAAAUUAAUGUUGAAAAAGCAACUGGAUCUGUGGGGCUAUGUGAGAGUGGUUCAGUGCAGUCAUGGCCUUUUUUCCAUCUAUUUCAGCUUGGCACAGAGAUUCAGAUAUGUGAAUAUGAGAAAGGCUCCAUAGGGAUCAGUGUUGAUGUCAAUUGUGAAGCUUUUGAUGUUUGGUUGUCACAACAAGUAUUUUACUUUUGGCAUGGUAUAGAAUUUGAGGUAGCUGAAGCUGAUCAUUCAGAAAUUCCAUAUGGGCGUAUGGAUUUGAAAUUGCAGCUAAAUAAGGCCUCUCUUCUGCUGACUGAUUGGAUCUGUAAUGGGCCUUUGAUAGAAUUACUGAUGAUGAACUUGCGCAUAACAACUAUGAUUGUGAAGAACACUAUUGAAUUUUCUUCUAACGGAGACCUGCAUGUCAACUAUAACAACAUUCACAAGGUCUUGUGGGAACCUUUUCUAGAACCUUGGAGCUUUCAGGUUAUAAUGGUCCGCAAUUAUGGAAAAAAUGCUUCUCUUGACAAUGGCAUUAUCACUGAUGUACAUCUUGAAUCAACCAAUCAACUGAAUAUAAAUAUCACAAAAUCAAUGUGUGAGGUUUUAUUAAGGGCCAUUGAGAUGAUCAAAGAAGCCAGGGGUCUGGUGCAAAUGUAUGAGGCUCCUAAGAGCCAAAGAUAUGGGAAUCUUCAGAGUGUUGAAAACUUGUGUGUUAGAAGAUAUGCAUCUUAUACCAUUCAUAAUAUGACCUCCUUACCCUUUAUUUUUCAUGUCUAUCAAGGGCUUGGCAAUGCUGAAAAUGUUGAUCUUUCAUCAUCUGCAUACAAGAACACUGUUCUGCCUGGCAUAAGUAUUCCUAUUUAUGUAGAUGAGACAUUGGAAGAGCAGGCAUUUAGUUAUAGGCCAGCUUCUACUUCUGAAGGACUUGGCAAGAAACUAUCGAAUAAGGCAGGGCAUCAUUUCAUGACCAUCCAAUUUGAGGGAACAUCUGAGAGAUCCGAACCAAUCUCCAUGGAUCUUGUUGGUCUUACAUACUUUGAGGUGAACUUUUCAAAUGACUACAGGAAGGCUGAUGCAGAUAAUGGGCUUCUUGUUCCUGUUGUGUUUGAUGUGUCUCUUCAGCGCUAUAGCAAGUUAAUUAAACUGUAUUCCACUGUGAUAUUCAAGAAUUCGACAUCAUUGCCAUUGGAGCUACGAUUUGACAUUCCUUUUGGCAUGUCCUCGAAGGUUUUAGAUCCAAUAUAUCCUGGCAAGGAAUUUCCUCUCCCUCUUCAUCUGGCAGAAGCAGGAUACAUGAGAUGGCGUCCUCUUGGUAACAAUUAUUUAUGGAGUGAAGUGCAUAAUCUGUCUAUGAUUCUCUCAACUGAGAACAGGAGUGGGUUUUUGAGAUCUCUUUCUUGCAAUCCAUCUCAUCCAAGCAAUUAUCUAUUCCGUUGUUGCUUGUCAGUUCAAGACAUGAGCUUAUCUUUAUCUGGGAGACUGAGAAGGAGAUCGCCCUAUCUCAAUGGUUCUCUGAAGCAGUCAGUUACAGCUGCAAAGACCAGGUUCAUUCAUCGUGUGACACUAACUACUCCAUUAACUGUUAAAAAUUAUCUUCCCCAUGCAAUAUCUGUCACAGUAGAAGGUGGUGGAUCUACUCAGAUAGCAGUUGUUAAAGAGGUUGAAGCCUCAUUUUUUCAUGUUGAUUCUUCGCAUGAUUUGGCUGUAACGUUCAAUGUUUCUGGAUAUGGACCAGCAUCAGUGAAAUUCCCACGUGCUGAAAUUUUCAGCGCCGCAGCUAAGCCUAAUGGUGCUAUUUUAUCACUGACUGAAACAAUGACCUUAAGUGGUGAUCUGUGUGAUGGUUCUGUACAUGCUACGGUUGAGAAGAUUUUGGACUCACUGUCUGGUGCUCGGGAGCUUUGUGUUUCUGUUCCAUAUUUGCUGUACAAUUGUACAGGGUUUGCACUGGUAGUUUCAAUACCAGAUGAUAAACUAAAAGGAAACUAUCUUAUUAUUCCUACCUGCUAUGAUUCCAUUGAGCGAGGGUUUUUUAUUGAUCGGAAGGAUGGCCUACACCUCUUACCAUCAGAGGAUAAGCCAAACUCUACAGCCUUUGAUUUUUACAACACAAGCUAUUUGUCAAAAAAUCACAUCCUCACUUCCAAGGAGCUUGUCACUCCACCUUCGGGAUUAUUCCUGACUCAGUCAUCAGUUUCACAUGAUGCAAUGUAUCGUCAUCAAUCUAUAGAUAAGUUGGAUUUACAAGAAGCUUCUCUGAACAAAUUGAACAAGCAGUUGGAUACUUAUCAGCAAUCUGACAUCAAAAUUUCUAAUGUUUCAAGUAAUGAGUGUCUUAAAGCUAAGCCAGUUAUGUACUCUCCUGCUCCAAGUGUUGUUGCCAGUGAUAUUAUGGUCAGACUGGGAAGGUAUCAUGCUGAAUGUCCUGUACAGAACAUACCCAGUUCUUCAUGGUCCAACCCAUUUUUCCUCGUUGCACCUAGUGGGUCGACUGCUGUUUUAGUUCCACAACCACCUACAACCUCUGCUGCUGUUAUAUCUGUGACCUCAUAUCUUCUUGACAUGCCACUUUUGGGGCGGACAAGAGCCAUCACAUUUCAGCCAAGGUAUGUCAUCAGUAAUGCAUGCAGCAAGCCUUUGUGCUAUAAACAAAAGGGAACUGAUUUUGUUUUCCAUUUAGGGGUUGGAAAACAUUCUCAUCUUCACUGGAUAGAUACAACAAGGGAGUUGCUUAUUGCUGUCCGUUUUGAUGAACCUGGAUGGCAGUGGUCUGGCUGCUUUCUUCCUAACCAUCUUGGUGAUACACAAGUGAAAAUGCGGAAUUACGUUUCUGGUGCAUUGAAUAUUAUAAGGAUUGAAGUGCAAAAUGCAGAAAUCAUUCAAGAUGAGAAGAUAAUUUACAAUGCGAUUGGCAAAUCGGGAACAAAUUUCAUUCUUCUUUCUGAUGAUGACACAAGCUUUGUGCCAUAUAGAAUUGAUAAUUUCUCAAAAGAGACACUGCGAAUUUAUCAACAAAAAUGUGAAACUCUGGAGACGAUAGUCCAUCCAUACACUUCAUGUCCUUAUGCUUGGGAUGAGCCUUUAUACCCCCAUCGACUAAUUGUAGAGAUUCCUGGAAAGCGCACAUUGGGAUCAUAUACACUUGAUGAUGUAAAGGAAUCUUCACCUGUACAUUGGGCAUCAUCUUCAAUGUCGUUGGGGAAACAUGAAAAUACUUUGUUUUCCUCGGUCCAUGCAGAGGGUGCAAUGAAGGUGCUCAGUAUCAUUGAUUCAACUUGUCAUGAUUUGGAAGACUUGAGAAGUCCAAGCUCUAUUUUUUCAGGGAAGAAAAAAGAAACGGAAGAUGGGGUGGAAAUGUCUCUUCAUUACAAUGAGAAAGUAUCAAUCCAAAUGUCAUUUAUUGGGAUCUCCUUGAUAGACUCAUAUGAGGAGUUGCUCUAUGCAUCGGCGAAGGACAUAAGAGUUGAAUUUCUUCAGAACAUGGAGCGGCAAAUUUUUUAUUUCCAAAUUUCCUCAUUACAAAUUGAUAAUCAACUGCGUGGUACACCAUACCCUGUUGUCUUAUCUUUUGAUGAAGACUUCAAAGGCAGCCUUGUCAACCACGUGAGAAAUAAGGAAGGAGGUACCAAGACCAAAAUUGAGAGCAUGAUGUCUUAUGCUGUCGGAGUUUCCUCUGAACCUAAGAUUUGUUUGAAGGUUUCAAAAUGGAGGAACAAAGAAACGAUGUUGGUUUCCUUUGAGUACAUAAUCUUAAGGAUUGGGAACCUUUGCCUUGAGCUUGAUCUGGAGCUGCUUUUAAAAUUGCUCGAGUUUUUCAAGGCAACCCCUUUGUUUAACUCUGAUACUCCAACUUCUGUAUCUACGUAUGAUGAUGUAUGCAAGCUAGGUAUAGUGGACAGGUCUUUCUCAUUUGCUCCACAGAACUCUGAAAAUUUUUCAGGCAAUGGAGAUCAUCAAUUUUCAAGGACUGAGUGUUACACUAAUUUCUCAACAUUGCCAGUAGUAACUCCAAUUGGAGCUCCUUGGCAGAAAAUUUUUCUCCUUGCUAGAAGACAAAACAAGAUUUAUGUAGAAGCUCUUUCCUUGGCCCCUGUUAAAAUGACAUUGAGCUUUUCAAGCAACCCUUGGAUGCUUAGAACAGGAGGCUUAUCAACUAGUGAAUCUUUGAUCCAUAGAGGUAUAAUGGCUCUUGCUGAUGUUGAAGGAGCACAUAUUUGCCUCAAGGAACUAACCAUUACACAUCAAAUGGCUAGCUGGGAAUCCAUUCAAGAAAUUCUCCUCAAGCAUUAUAGCCGGCAAUUUCUUCAUGAGAUGUACAAGGUUUUUGGUUCUGCUGGUGUAAUCGGAAAUCCUAUGGGCUUUGCUCGAAGAGUUGGACAUGGAGUGAAGGACUUUUUAUCUGUUCCUGCAAAAGGAGUUCUGCAGAAGAGUCCUUCUGGGUUAAUCUCAGACAUUGCCCAAGGUACUAAUAGCCUCCUUAGCAACACUCUGUAUGCAAUAAGUGAUACAGCAACACAGUUCAGUAAAGCUGCUCACAAGGGAAUUAUCGCUUUCACAUUUGACAAACAUGAUGCCUCAAAAAUGGAGCAACAGAGGAUGAUUGCGUAUUCUCAAAGCAAAGGUGUAAUAAAUGAAUUGUUGGAGGGACUAACUGGCCUUCUCCAAUCGCCUAUUCAAGGAGCUGAAAAACAUGGUCUUCUGGGAGUUCUGCCAGGAAUUGCUUUGGGUGUUACUGGGCUUGUGGCAAAACCUGCAGCUAGUGUGUUUGAAGCCACAGGAAGGACUGCACAGAGUAUAAGAAACCGGAGUAGACUUCAUCGAAUGGGAUUGCAUCACUUGCGAGUUCGCCUUCCAAGGUUUUUAAGUGCAGAACUACCCCUAAGACCCUAUUCUUGGGAAGAAGCCAUUGGUUCAGCUGUGCUUUUGGAUGUUGAUGGUUCAAAAUUCAAGGAUGAGGUGCUGGUGAUGUGCAAACCAGUGAACGUUGCUGGGAGUUUUGUAGUUCUUACAGAAAAACUCAUCUUGAUCAUUGAAUGUUCUAGCCUUGUACAUCUAGGAAAACCGGAGUUUCAAGGCAUUGUUGCAGAGCCGGAGUGGAGACUGCUAGUCGAAAUUUCUUUGAAGAGUGUGAUACAUGUUAAUGUUGAUGGUGGAAUUGUGUACAUUGUUGGAAGUAAUUCAAAAACCCCAAUUGGACAAAAUCAGCAUCAUCAGAGAAGAACUGAAGAUAGAAUGAAACAAUGGAGUAAACUUCAACCUCAACUUCCGUUCUUUCAGACUAACAUUGAAUUUGCUUCUGAACAAGAAGCCGAGUAUUUUCUGAGAGUUUUGCGUUCAACAAUAGAGCAAGGGAAAGAGCAAGGUUGGGGAAAUGAAUACCUUCUUCACCAAAGCAAUUUGAAAAUGUGAAAGUUCAUUUUGUGAUAUGUAAAUAUGUACACCUAUGUACCUAUAUCCUGUAGUCUUUACAUAUCACAUUCUUCUUUUCUCUCUACUCAUUCCGGUUGCACAGGGUUGUAUCAUGUUUCGAUAAGGAGAUAAAAGGAAAGGAAUUAGGGGAAGAGAGGAAAGGAAAAAAUAAUGAAGGGAAACUUCCUUUGUUUGAAAGGGAAGAGAAGGGGAAGGAAGAUAUAUACUUUCUCCGUUUUUUUUUUAUUUGUUCAUUUUAAGUUUUUUCACUUUAAAAUAGGUAAAUUCAAAUUAGGUUUUUGAAGUAUAUAUAUUGAAAAUAAUAUAUUUAUAUGAAAUCUUGUUAGAUUUGUCUUGAUGUAAAGUUUUUUGAUAUUAAAUAUAGUUUUACUAUUUUUU